CGAUCUGGCUGAACAUUUUCACCUCAGUGCUUGAAUGAUUGUAACACCACAAGAAUUGAAAAUACAGCUGGAAAAUAGGGAAUGGCUCUUUGCUGAGCAACACAAUUUAAAGAGAUCUGAGAAAAUAAGGAGGAAAUAUAAGGGGGGAACGCAUUUGAGCCAGAACUGCAGCUUUUCUGACGGUAAAAAUGCCCCCAAAGAAAAAACCAAAGUACCUUGACAAGAGGCAGAAGAAAAUUGGAUCCUUUUUUCCAAAGACAAGUCCUGCUGCAUGUUCAUCUGACAUGAGCCAGGAGAACAUCCCACCAUGGAGAUCCUCAACCCCACAGAAAAAAAACACUUCAUUUAAGGUGAAGGAAGAGAGCGGCCAGGAGGGCAAACAUUCACAUAAUUUCAAUGUGAAAUUUAAGCUAUCUGACCCGAAAGAAUACACCAUUUACUGUGAGCAUCCCCAGACCGUGCUGGAGGCAAUAAAAUCACAUGGAGCAUCGAAGAAGAAGCUGAAACCACCAGAUGAGAACAUUAUCAUUCAGCUAGGUAGAGAGGACAAGGAUGUUAUUAUUCCCACACAUUUCCCUUGUUCUCUCGUUGAGUCUGGUGAGACUGUCAUUAUAUCAUGCAAAUCAGAAUUGAUCGAAAAGGCACAAAACCAGCAGCACAAAAUGUUCCAUCCAAAUGACAAAUACACCAUCUUCUACAUAGAUACAGUUGGAGGGCUCAAUGCCAAAACAAAGGAGAUUUUUCAGAGCUACAUGGUUAAACGGUUUAAGCGUCUCUGUGUUUAUGGAGAGGAGGGCAUGACUGUGGCAGAGGUCCUGAGGAGAGACGGUCGAUUCAGUGAUCUCCUUGGUGAUGACUUCAGUCUGUCUGACAAUGAGAAUCCAAACAGCCUUACGCUCAGCACACAAAAGGUCAAUGACAGCUUAGACCAGAAAAUAUUUAAGAUACAGCUGGAAAAGGGACAGAAUGAUGUAAGUCUGCAUGAGACUCCAUCAAAGACUGAACAAUGCAAGGGCAAGGAGAGAUCUGCUGCCGACAUAGCACAGCAGCGUGGGAACAGCAUGAGAACAUUAAUGGAGAAACAGGGAGAUGACGUCGACACCACUGAAAUCUAUGGCUUACUUCGUAAGCAGUUUCCAGAACUGAAGGAAUGGAUGGAGAAUAGAUUUCCAGCUGAUUCUUAUCAGAAAGAAUUGGAACUGAGGAAGGAGAACUUUGUAAAGAUUCAGAAGUCUUUUAGUGAAGUUCAUAGAGUCAAAAAGUUGCUCAAGCUAGGAGAGUCAGUUUGCAAAAUUACUGUUGGGGAUAUUUGUGAGGGAACAGUCUUUGUGCUAUUCGAUGGGUUCAUCCUGACAAAUGCACAUUUGUUCACAGAUCAUGUUGAUGAAGACAAAAAGCUGCUAGAGGAAGGAAUAGAGGUGUGUGCCCUUUUCAACUAUGAGGAUCCUCAGCCAAAAAACUACUUCUACUUCAAAGCUGAGAAAAGACUUGUUGACUUUGAUCGCAACCUAGAUUAUGCCAUUCUGGAACUCAACACAGAGGGGUUCAAAUUUAACCAACAAAGGAACACGACAAGUGUAAAGGUGCCACCAGGUCUCCUUAAGCAUUUUGGUCCCCUGCCUGAGAAUGGUGAGGCCUGUAUCAUUGGUCACCCAGCAGGGGCAAUAAAAAAAAUGGAUCCAACAUUUGUCAUUGAGAAAGAAAACAGAAUGAAAACCGUUGAUAGCAAUUUAGAGCCACACAAAGACAACCUAGUCAUGCUCCUCUCCAUUCAACAAAUCCUGUCAAGGAAGGGUAUUGAAAACAUAAUGUUGGGAAAGAAAGCAGACAGCGUCAUAACCUACAACACUUUCAUGUAUCAUGGUUCCUCUGGAUCCCCUGUGUUUGAUGGGCUUGGCAGAGUUGUUGGCCUUCACACCGCAGGUUAUGAUUAUGGAUUUCCAAAUCAAAUAGAGCAUGUGAUUGAGUUUGCCCAUUCACUGCUUGCUAUAUUUGAGAGCUUUGUGAGGAAUCUGAAGAAGAAUAGAAGCCGCAGGGAGUUACUGGAGAAAGUUAGGGAGAUAGCCAAGGGAAACAGAUCGCUGAAGCGCAUAUUGGGGGCUGAGCUGUCUGAUGAUGAGGAGGAGACAGUUGAAGAUGACCACAGCUUCACUCAUGUGGCCAAAAAUAUGAGAUUUUAGUGGAGACAAAACAAAGGCUAUACCAUAUGCUGGAUUCACAUUUAGCUUGCUUCUUUUUAACAGUUACAUCGUGAUCUUUACUUUACAUUAUUACUAGGCCUGAUACCACUACUACUACUACUACUACUACUACUACUACUACUACUACUACUACUACUACUACUACUAUACUACUAUACUAGCCUGCUCUACACUUCUUUUUAAGCCACUGACAAUGUGUCAGGACAAAGAUCAGUCAUAAGCAUCCAUUAGCAUACAUAUUAUGAAGCAAUCAGGCCAGAUUGAACUGAUUAAUCUUGUUUCACUGAAAAAUCUGAAAGUAAUAUUUGCCUUUAUAUUUUAAAAUUGUAUUGUCGAUUUUGUAUUUGUUUCUUUUUUUUUAAAUCUUUUUUUUAACUGUGCCUUGAUAACUGGUGUGAUAUCUGCAAAUUCUGUCCUGUCCUCUUUCCCUCCACAAUAUAUCCACAAUAUGUCUUUGGAUGUGAAAAAUGAACAUCAUUCCUUAAUGUUUUAUCUACUUUAUAUGUGCUGGACUAUACUGGUGUACUAAAAGUGAUCCACCCAUCCAUCCAGAAUGUGCUCUGUGCAUUUCAUCACAUUUUUGAGGUUUCGGUGGUUAAAACUGUUAUUAUAACCUGAUUCUCAGAUUAAUUAUUAUGUUAUAAGAAACAAGAUAUUUUAAAAAUGUAUUAGUCAUCCACACAACUGUAGGCACUGUCUAUCAGUGGUUUGGGAACCUUUUUGUUUUCUUAUAUGCUCACGUAAGACUUAGGUCUGUUGACCUUCUGAUUACUCUGAUUUUGUAUUUGCAAGUGACUUUGUAACUUGUCUUUCAGUACAAUGUUUUAUCUUUUCUUUUCUAUUUCAUCAUACAAACAAUACAACAAUUGUGUUGAAUUGUUCUUUGUUAUGAUUUUAUAUCAA